AUGGCGGACCAAGAGGAGCCUUUUGGCCUCGAGAACUCUCCCGGUGGCUCGGAUUCAAGGGAAGCACAGAGCGAUAGUAAAUCAGAGAAGCAGAACGGAACCGCGAGCAAAUCCCCAUCGUCCCAGACGACUUACAUCCAGCAGGUCAGUAGCGCUGCGAGCGGAAUGGAGGGCAUAAAAGUCUACCUGCACGAAAGGGAACUGUGGACGAAGUUUGACGAGGUGGGCACGGAGAUGAUCAUCACCAAAGCCGGAAGGCGAAUGUUCCCCAGCUUCAAAGUGAAGGUCACGGGACUAAACCCCAAAACUAAAUAUAUCCUCCUGAUGGAUGUUGUUCCUGCAGAUGAUCAUCGAUACAAAUUCGCUGAUAAUAAAUGGUCCGUGACCGGGAAGGCCGAGCCCGCCAUGCCCGGGAGGCUCUACGUGCACCCGGACUCUCCAGCCACGGGCGCGCACUGGAUGAGGCAGCUCGUCUCCUUCCAGAAGCUCAAACUGACCAACAACCACCUGGACCCGUUCGGACACAUCAUCUUGAAUUCGAUGCACAAGUACCAGCCCCGGAUCCACAUCGUGAAGGCGGAUGAAAACAACGGCUUUGGCUCAAAGAACACGGCCUUCUGCACGCACGUCUUCCCGGAGACUGCCUUCAUCGCGGUCACGUCCUAUCAGAACCACAAGAUAACUCAGCUGAAGAUUGAGAACAACCCGUUUGCAAAAGGUUUUCGUGGAAGUGACGACAUGGAGCUGCACAGGAUGUCCAGGAUGCAAAGCACCAAGGAGUAUCCAGUCGUGCCUCGCAGCACAGUGCGACAGAGGGUGGGCUCCAGCCAGAGUCCGUUCAGAGGGGAGGUCCAGGGCAUGGGCACCCCCAGCACCCUGAGCUCCCAGUACUCCCAGUGUGAGAACGGGGUCACCAGCACCUCGCAGGACUUGCUGCCCCAGUCGGGCUCCUACCCCUUGCCACACGAGCACGGCCAGGAGUUCCACUGCAUCAAGAGGAAAGUGGAGGAUGACUGUCACUCCAGUGAGCACAGCUAUAAGAAAGCCUACCCGGAGAGCUCGUCCAGUGAGGAGGACCAUUACUACCGUCCUGUCGGCUACGCCCAGAGCCUGGGCCUGGCCGGGGGGGCCUACCGCAGCGAAUCCAGCCAACGGCAGGCCUGCAUGUACGCCAGCGCAUCGCAGGGGGCCGAGCCCGUUCCCAGUUUGGAGGAUAUCAGCUGCAACACCUGGGCCAGCGUGUCGCCCUAUGGGAGUUGCUCCGUCACCACCAUGCAGCCGAUGGAGAGGCUGCCCUACCAGCACUUCUCCGCUCACUUCACCUCAGGGUCUCUGGUGUCCAGACUUGGCGGAGUGGGGGGCCACGCCUCGCCGCAGCUGGGCGACGGCCACCACGCGGCCAUGUACCAGAGCUCCAUGACCCACCCGACUCUGGGCCGCCAGUGCAGCCCUGGUGCUGGGAUCCAGUCGCCAACGUCCGGCCUCCAGGGAAACGAGUACCUCUACACACACGGCAUCCCACGUACAUUAUCCCCUCACCAGUACCACACUGUACAUAGUGUCAGCAUCAUGCCAGAGUGGAACGAGAACAGCUAA